AAUAUCAUCACUCAUCACUGCACAUCAUCAUCCAUCAUCAACACCACCACCACCAUCUCCUCCUCCUCCUCUUCCUUCCUCCACGGCUCCACCACUGCCACCAUAAACUACACCAUUUUUCAAGAUCUCUCAAACCCUCUUACCACAACUUCUAUGGCUAUUUUAUUAGUUUCUUCAGAACCCUAAUCCCAAUUAGAUCUUUUGUGAAUUUGUUUUUAAAAAAAGAACCCUAGAUGUUUGAGCCAAUAUGGAGAUAACCAUCCCAGUCACAACCCCAAAUACAGUUGGUCCUAAAUCCCCUGAACUGGAUACUGAAACACCCACCCGGAUCCAACCCACUAAGCCUUCAAGCUUCACUAACGGAGUACUCAAGCGCCACCACCACCACCACCACCAACCGGUGGUGGUUGUAUACAAAGAGUGUCUCAAGAACCACGCGGCUACUUUAGGAGGUCAUGCUCUUGAUGGGUGUGGUGAGUUCAUGCCUUCUCCUUCCGCCAUCCCAACCGACCCCACCUCUCUAAAAUGCGCCGCGUGUGGUUGCCACAGGAAUUUCCACCGCCGUGAGCCGGAAGACUCUUUGACGCCACACCCUCCUAAUACUACGACCACGAUGGAGUAUCAGCCUCUCCACCGCCACCACCCGCCACCUCCGCAGCCACUGGUUCCGCAAUCAGGUCAUCGGAGCCCCAAUUCAGCAUCUCCUCCGCCGAUCUCGUCCUCCUAUUACCCCUCAGCGCCUCAUAUGCUCCUCGCUCUCUCUGGUGGCAUUUUGGCUCCACAAGACGCGACAAAUUUGAACCAAUCUGGAAGUACUAAUACUCGAAAGCGAUUCAGGACGAAAUUCACGCAAACCCAGAAGGAGAAAAUGUACGAGUUCGCGGAGCGAGUCGAGUGGAAGAUGCAGAAAAAGGAUGAGGAUUUGGUUCACGAGUUCUGCAACGAAAUUGGGGUCGAUAAAGGGGUUUUGAAGGUGUGGAUGCACAACAACAAGAACACUUUGGGCAAAAGAGAUGUUAAUGGAGCAAGAAUUAACACUACUCCCACGACCACUCUAAACAACGGUGUCUCCACCGCAAUCGCCGCCGCAAACAACAACAAUGGAAAUGACGAGAGUAGAGUACACGGGAUUGAGAAUAAUCAUCGAGAUCAUCAGUACGAGACACAAGUCGGGACUAAUGGGUCGUCUUCAUCUUCUUGAUCUCUUGGUGGAUUAAUAAUUACUGUUAGAUAGAGUAAGCACUGCUACUUAGUUGUCUAAUUAAUCUCUUAAUUUUUCUUUGUUUUCUGAUCAUUUUAAUUAAUAUUGAUGAUCAUCAUCGCCACUUUUCUUGAGGAUAACAAACUUGGGAGAGAUCGAUCCGAAUCUGGACAUUUUUUCUUUCUAGUUUUUAGUAGUACCAGGUUUUUGAUUGAAUUGAUUAGUUUUGUGAUUCUGGGUAUUGUAUGCUUAUUAAUUAGACCUUCA